UUCUGUACAAAGGGGUUUACAGUUUACACUCUCCGCCGAUCCAAUUCAAAAAAAUCCAGUAUAAAGCAUCAAAAUGGCCGGUGGUGCUGCCGUCAGGUCGUUUCUCCGAUCAUCUUCCGUCCGUAGCGCGGCCGCCAAACUCUCCACAGCCGCCAAAACCCCAACUUUUCGAUCUUCAGCCCCCAAACCUCUUCCUCAUCGCAUCUUCAGGUGUCCAGUUGAAUUGAGCGUCUGUUUACAAGCCGUGCAACCGUUUCAUACUGUUACUGCAUCGGCUUUGAUUACUUCAUCAUCGUUCAUUACCUCUUGCCGCAGCUACGGUUGUCUCCCUGAAGGUUCAUAAAGAUAUCAUUCUUCGGUUAGCCUGCAGGCUGCAACAACUAGAAUCCGAAGGAGCACAAGGAUGUAGUGGAUUUGUUAUUUUGAAGAUGUAUUUAUUUUAAACCAAAUGUUUAAAUAACAUCUCAAUCUGAUGUAUGAUUUUUACUAAUCGGUUUUUAACUUUUUAUACAUAAAUCAAACCGGUUGCCAAAAAUGAUGGUUACAGGCAACAAGUUAUGCUUGGGUGCCA